AUUAGCAACUACGAUCGCAAAUAUUGAUGACGUAAACAACGCCUUUGGUCAGAGGAGAAGCAAUGUCCAAUUUUUCUGUAACAACUGGUAGAGAUGGCAGUCGUUCUUUUGGUGAACAUGAUGACAGAUGGUCUGAUUCUGGGGGCAGCCGUGGUGGUGGAAAACAGAGAUACCGUGGCAGAGGUAACAGAGGAUAUGGAGGUUAUGGUGGAAACCGGGGAGGGAGUUACAACCGUGGGGGAUUCCAAAAGAGAGGUGGUGGUGGUGGUGGUGGAUAUGGUAGACCAAGGGGAAGAGGAAGAGGUGGACCUAAUCCCAGAAGUCGUUUAGACACAGAUGGUGACUUCAGUAUGGAUGACGAGGCAGGACCCUCCUCUAGGGAAAGAUUCUCACCUUAUGGUGUACCAAGUAGAAAUUAUUCAGGAAGAGGAAGGAAUAAAAACGGUGAUAACUAUGCUAAGAUGCAGAGAAUGGGAAUUCCAAUCACAGACUCUGAUGGGCCUGUAUGGCACAAAGUGGUGAUACCAUAUGGCAAAAAAGGUGGAAAAGACUUCAUACUGAAAUCUCUGUCAGAGAGGCUGCACACACCCUUCAACCCUGUCAAUUUCCACUUUGAACAAGAAAAAGCAAUAUUUUAUGUGCAAGAAAAACAUGAAGCCAAUGCGCUAAGAAGUCAGGACAAGAAAAUACAAUUACCCAAUGGUUUUAAGAUGAUUCUGAUUGUAAAACCCAGCCCCCCACCCAUCACAGAGAUCAGUAGUGAAGCAGUGGAGAAACUGAAAGUGUGCAUGAGUUCUAGAUUUGACCCCUCUACCAAAUCGCUCAACCUCAGUUGCUUGGCCAAGGACCAAUCAUUAGCAGCUGAAAAUAUAUUCAUGGCACUAAGCAGAAGAAGUGUAAUGAAUAGCGUUGUAAAGGUCAUAGAAGAAAACAUUCCAGAGUUGGAAGAACUAGACAUCAGUGAUAAUAGGUUGAUAUCACUGGAGAGCAUGAAAGAAUUGCCAAAGAAAGCACCCAAUGUCAAAAAAUUAAAUCUUGGAAAAAACAAGUUGGUCCACGUUGAUGAACUGCGGAAGAUACAAGAUUGGAAGCUUGAACAUCUGAUACUGGAAGGAAAUGACCUAUGUGAUAAGUUCAAAGAUCAAACUUCCUACAUUAGUGCCAUUAGAAAGAAGUUUCCAAAAGUUUUGACAUUGGAUGGCCACACACUGCCACCACCUAUUGUCUUUGACCUUGAGACUAGUUCUGAACUCCCUGAAGUGAAGGGAAGCUUUUUCAUCAAUGAUGAAAUACAGAGCUCAACAGUGAAUUUUCUGAAGGCUUUCUUCACAAUUUAUGAUUCAGACAACAGGCAACCAUUAAUGGAGGCUUAUCAUGAUGAAGCACUCUUUUCCUUGUCUGCGGCCAAAAAUCCAAAUAUAGAGUAUUCACAACCAAACAUAAAUAAUUAUCUUCAAGAAAGCAGAAACUUUACAAAGAUGAGCAAAGAUAGUCAAGCAAGAAGAAGAUUAUUAAAGAGAGGGAAAAUAAAUGUGGUGGCACAGUUGUGUGAUCUUCCCUCUACGACACACGACUACAACUCCUUCAUUGUUGAUGUGGAUCACUCUUCUGCCAGUCUCAGAAGUUUUGUCGUAGAAGGAGUGUUUAAAGAGACUGAAAGCAAGUCAGAUAGACCUCCCAUAAGAGCAUUUAGUCGUCGGUUUGUUACAGUUCCACAGGGAGCAGGAAUGAAUAUCAUCAAUGACAUGCUGACAAUAACAAAUGCCUCCAGAGAUCAAAUACAGAAAGCCUUUAAGCACCCUGCCCCUACCCCCUCUUCUAGCCCUGUCCCAGAGGCAUCUCCCCCAGCACCAUUCACUCAGGCUGGCCCCUCCACAUACACAGCUGAGCAGCAGCAGAUGAUUCAACAGUUUGCAGCUCAGUCAGGCAUGAACCAUGAAUGGUCCAUCAAAUGCCUGGAACAAAAUGGAUGGAAUUAUGAGAAAUCGGGAGAAAUAUUCUUGGAAUUGCAGAAACAAAAUAAGAUUCCUCCAGAUGCAUUUGCAAAAUGAAAAUCUCACUUUUCUGUGAAUGGACCCAACAUUAAUACUGAAUUCUCAGAAUCAUUUGGAAUAGGCUCAGGAUAAGCCAGUUUUUAAGUGCAUUAAUCCAGUAGUGAAUCCAAGUGUUUACAGUGAAUUGACCUCUCAGUAUUGUGUGGAAGCCUGAAUUUUAGCGGUUUUAUUCUGUUUAGAGGAACACUCUCUGAGCAUUAAGGAUGAUUGAGCUGAUUAUAAUCCUUGAACUGUUUUAAUAUGUGUUCAAAGUGGAAAAAAUUGAGAAGGAUUCAAAAUUCCUCUUUUACAUUAUUUUACUGUUAAAUGACAUUGUUUAAUCUGCACUUGUUAAUCAAAGAAGUAAAACAUUGUGAAAUGAACAGUGCUCAUAUCUGAUUUGUCACCAAUUUUAUUUCUAUUGCAGUUUGACAUACUGUACAAUGAAUACUUUUAUAUACAUGUAUUUUUUAAUUUUUAUUGAAAAUUUCAACAUUGUUAAUAAAAAUGAAAGAAAUGUCA